AUGGUACUUCCUACAAGUAAGCAAACGCCGGAUUCGAUCCGCAGAUUGAGAAAUAAUAUUGUCAGUAUUUUUACAUCUACGAGAACAUGGUUCAAUAAUGUGGCAAUUACUAAAACUCCGCGAGAGCUCAAGAAACGACUAGAGAGCCUCGAAGCUAAAUACGCAGAGUUUGAGAAUUUAACCUCCGAAUUAAUACUAGAAGACCCAGCAGAGACUGAUGACACCGCGAAUCAGGUAGCUAACGAAUAUUUUCAGCUCGUAGCUGAGAUGGAAACUGAGCUAGAUCGCCUAGAGCCUACUCCCAGUGUACAGUCCUCUCAACAGUAUGGUUCCUGUGUCAACUCCAACCCAAUAGUAAUUAAUAAAUCAUCAGUGAGAUUACCCAAGCGAAACCUUCCGGAGUUUGAUGGAGAAAUUGAGGGAUGGGCCAGCUUCUAUCAACGCUUUACAGUCGCGCUGCGAGACGACUCCGUUGAUGAUUUGGCCAGGUUCGAGUACUUAUUAGACUGUGUUAAAGGCGAUGCCUAUGAGCGAAUUAAAGGAAUUCCACUACUCCAAGAGAAUUAUCAGACAGCCAUUACGCAGCUCAGACGAAGGUACGAAAACAAGCGCUUGAAUUUACGUGUAUUUUUGACUAAACUCCUUCGACUACCUUCCGUUUCCGAGAAUGAACCGAAUUCGCUCCGCCAGCUCAUUAAUCUCACCACAUCAACUGUUCGUGCACUAGAGAAUCUCAGUUUCCAACUCGACAUGCUAUCCAGUGAGCUCAUCAGCCAGUUAAUCGUCUCCAAACUGGAUAAACGCACGCGAGAGCUGUGGGAGAUGAAGCUAUCUGACAAAUUAGACAAUGAUCAGCUAGACGACGAAGUAAUCAACGAAUCCAGCUCAUACAGCGACCUCAUGGAGUUCCUGGAGCGUCGUCUAUGUGUAAUUUCGUCCGUGUACAUCGGUGACUCAACCAAGAAAGACUCAGUUUCGACGAAACCUACUCGACAUCGUACUGCUGCGUUGGUAGCUACCUCCACAGCCGACGGUCCACCUACUCCUCCAGUGACAGCUAGCAAGUCCGCAGCGGCGGCGGAGGCGGCGCCUACUUACCAGCCACGUCCGUGUGUGUGUUGCGACCAGACGCAUCCCCUGUACCAGUGUAACCAGUUCAAGGCGCUCAGUGUUCCUGCCAGAUACCAGAAAGUUCGAGAUGCGAAGCUGUGCGUGAACUGUUUCUCGAAGGGCCAUUGGGCAACCAAUUGUAAGUCCAUUCGCUGCAAACAGUGCCACAAGCUUCAUCAUACAUUACUCCAUUCCGAAGCACCUACUGAGAAUCCGAUAGUUACGCCAUCGGCGGCGGCCUCUGGAACCCCAGGUACAGGUACCUCCGUUCCACCUAGUACUGGACCCAAUGGCGCUGUGGUAACCGCACUUAUGAGGCGACGGACCAAUGGGGUUCUGCUCGCAACAGCGAUAGUAACAGCCAAAUCAGCGUAUGGUUCCUGUGAAGCGACAGUGCUACUGGACGGCGCAUCGCACGUAUCCUUCAUUACAACCAGACUUCAGCAGAGACUCAAACUUCCGACAUCACCAUUCAGUACAGCAAUCAGCGGCAUACGUAGCGCCGCAGCGUUGUCCAGCCAGCGUACUACUGUACAGCUGACAGCGCGCAACGCACCAUUCUCCAUCAGCAUCGCAGCAUUGGUCAUCGAUCAAAUUACUGAGCCACUUCCCAGCGACGCCUUCACCAUCCCAUCAGACUGGCAGGUGGAAGGCUUACACCUCACCGAUCCGCAGUUCAACGAGCACAAGGAUAUCGACAUCCUAAUCGGCGCAGACUCGAUCUACGACAUUCUACUACCUGAGUUCCGACGUCAGCCAAGCGCACCUGUGCUACAGAGCUCACAGUUUGGUUGGUUGCUCGUGGGUCCCUUUCUGGCGCCAAAUGCGCCAUCCAACGUUCGCUGCUUCAAGGCGACAGUUACAUCCGAGGAGCUGCGCGCUAUCACCGAGUUUCUGGAUGCAGAAGGUCCACCGCGCGACACAGACAAGCGUACCUCCGACGAACGAGAAUGCAAGCGUAUUUUUGAGACAACCUACACACGAGACUCUACAGGACGCUUUGUUGUCACACUCCCACGACGUCCGGGCCUCACAGUUGGCGAAUCGCGUAGCCAGGCAGUCGCGCAGCUCCGACGCACUCGCAUUGAUGACCAGUACUUGCAGUUUAUGACAGAGUAUGAAGAACUCGGUCAUAUGACGCGAUGCGCGCCUCCAACUCCAGACCAAGAAGUGUACUACCUACCUCAUCAUGCCGUUUAUCAUAACGGAAAAAUUCGCGUGGUCUUCAAUGCGUCAGCUCCAUCCAGCAAUGGCUUAUCUCUCAACGACCUUCUCUACGUUGGGCCUACGAUACAAGCCAAGCUUGCCUGGAUUAUCACGCGGUUUCGGACACACGCGUACGCAUUCACUGGAGAUGUGGUCAAGCUCUACAGACAGUUACUUCGAGCAAUCAAGGAUCGCGACAUGCAACGAAUCGUAAUGCGGAUCGAUCAAGUAAUCAUAGAUUUUCAACUCAAUACAGUCACCUAUGGUGAGGGCUCUGCGCCCUAUGAAGCGACAAGAUGCCUCAUGCAGCUAGCCAUCGAUGGUAAAGCCGCCUUCCCAGCCGCAGCUGAAGUCCUUGAACGAGAGACGUAUAUGGAUGACAGCGCAUCAGGCGCAGACUCGCUUGAAGCGGCUCAACAGCUCCGAGAUGACCUUCUCUCUCUACUCAAGACUGCUGGGAUGGAAUUUUCGCCAUUGAAAUGGCGCGCAAACCAUCCAGCACUACAGCUACCUUCUUCAGAGACCAUUGAUCCUGAGCUUCUCAAACGUGGGAAUGUCCUAGGAAUCGAAUGGAACACCCAGGCUGAUACGUUCCAGUUCUCUAGCUUAGCCGAGGUGAAGUCGCCUGGAGCCCUGCUAACACGACGCACUGCACUGUCAUUGAUCUCAAAGAUUUUUGACCCUCUAGGGUGGCUAUCUCCUCUCACCAUUACCGGAAAACUACUGAUCCAAGAAUUAUGGCUGGCAAAUGUGGAUUGGGAUGAUCAGAUCGCACCCAGUAUGCAACUACGCUUCGACGAAUUCUUCUCAAAGAUCCCCUUACUUGCGGACAUUAGUAUUGAACGCUACCUCGCCACGGGCGAUCCCACUCUCAUGCAGUACGAAGUGCAUGGCCUCUCCGACGCGAGCCAGCAGGCCUAUGCCGCCUGUGUGUACAUCCGACGACGCAACGGAGCUACAGUCACUGUUCGAUUGGUACAAGCCAAGACACGCGUCGCACCCAGAACAACAGCACGUACGAUACCUCAACUGGAGUUGGGUGGUGCCCUUCUCCUAGUCGAAUUACUGCAAGAAGUAACAAGCGCGCUCUGCUACCCUAUCGCACAAUGCCACUUGUACACAGACUCAACUAUUGUUCUCGCCUACCUAGCGAAGGAUGCCGGCCAUUGGAAGCCGUUCGAAGCGAACCUAGUCAGAAAAAUUACGGCUGUGGUAUCCGCGGACCAAUGGCGACACAUACCAGGUGAGCAAAAUCCAGCGGACUUGGCUACACGAGACGAUUCCUUCUCUAAAUUCCAAGAGUGCCAGGAGAUGUGGACUUCUGGUCCCAAAUUCCUGAAUGCGUCAGAGAUCCCACAGUCCGUUCAGAGCGAAGUCCGCACCACCGUUUCAGCAUUGGUAGUCAGGAUGACCCCAGCUGUCGAAUAUGUCAACGUCGUCCCUCACCUACUCCAUCAAUUCUCCGAAUAUUCACGAGUCCUCCGUACAGUUAUGGCGCUACUUCGAGUCAAGGACUUCCUCAUAGCCAAGACACGAAAAACCACUCCACCAGGCGGCUGUUUUUCUGUCACCGAGCGACGACGCGCAGAAGCAGUUCUAUUGCAAGCAGUUCAGGCUGACGAGUUUGCCAAGGAGCUCCAGUGCUUCUCAGUUAAGAAGGUUCUACCAGCAAAAAGUCACCUGAGAUCGUUGGCACCUAUUCUGCACAAGGGACUGAUCCGAGUAGGUGGACGAAUUACCCAUGCAGAGCUUCCGUUUCACCAACGCCAUCCAGUCAUCCUACCAGCAGCACAUCGACUUGUCAAACUUCUCGUUCGAGAUUGCCAUUUUUUCUACUCGCACUCCGGAGCGCAGUUUAUCGAGAAUUUCUUACGCCGACGGUAUUGGUUCAUUGGCAAUCUCACCGCGCCGAUUCAACGCUGCAUUCGCACUUGCGCCAAGUGCACACGAAUUUCACGGCGCUCGCCACAGAGUCCAUUUAUGGCGGAUCUGCCGGAAACUCGAGUCAGGCCAACGCCACCAUUUUCUGUCAUGGGAGUGGAUUUCGCUGGUCCCUUUACGCGCAAGCCAGACAUACGUAGCCGCAGCGCUACUGAGCUUAAAGCCUACGUAGCUGUAUUUGUGUGCUUCAGCACAAAGGCCGUUCACCUCGAUACAGUCGCUGACCUAUCUACUCCAGCAUUUUUAGCCUGCUUUGGGCGCUUCGUUUCACGACGCGGCCUACCGCAAAUUGUCUACUCAGACAAUGGCACCAAUUUUGUGGGCGCCUCCAACGAAUUAAACCGACAAUUCGACAGAAUAAUGCGCGAUCCAGCUAUCCAGAACUACGCACUCGUUCGGAGCAUCGAAUGGCGGUUCAAUCCACCAGCAGCGCCUCACAUGGGUGGCCUGUGGGAAUCCGCCGUGCUCAUCAUGAAGCAGUACCUCUACCGCAUCGUCGGAUCACAACGAUUAGUCCUAGAUGAGCUUUCAACCUUUGUUGCAGAAGUGGAGGCGAUAAUGAAUUCUCGCCCCCUCGUUCCACUCACCUCGAACGUCAAUCCAGAUGCGCUGACCCCUGGACACUUCCUUAUCGGGAGACCAUUAGUGGCUCUACCGGAGGAGUUCGUUGAACUCGAGAAUAUUUCGUCUGUCAAGCGCUGGACUCUCGUCACACAGCUACGUAAUCACUUCUGGCGUCGAUGGUCCGAGGAAUAUUUGCGGUCCCUCCAGAAACGUGUAAAAUGGACCUCGACAGCCCCAGCACUGAACGUUGGUGAUAUCGUGCUGAUUCGCGACGAAAAAGCGGCGCCUUUGACUUGGCCUUUGGCCAGAAUUACGCAGACGCAUCCUGGAAAGGACGGAAUCGUUCGUGUCGUCGAUCUAGUAAGCCGCAACGGUUCCCAGCUUACGCGCCCCGUCCAUCGGCUCGUCCUACUGCCAACUCUAGAGUCAAUUUCGACGCCAGUAACCCUGACGUCGACGGCGGCGGGAUGUUAA